AUGGAUGAUUUCGAGGAAACUCCCGGCAAUAAGCCGUUACGAUUACCUAAGAAGGCAGCCAAAGUUAAGAAUAAGGCGCCCGCAGCUCUGCAAAUAACUGCUGAACAGCUGGUUCGUGAGGCAAAAGAGCGAGAUUUGGAAAUUGUCGCUCCCCCGCCGAAAACGAAAAUUUCCGAUCCUGAAGAACUUGCAGAGUACCAACGGAAACGUCGAAAGGAGUUCGAAGAUAACAUUCGUAAAAAUCGGAAUCAAAUCGCAAAUUGGGUGAAGUAUGCGAAGUGGGAAGAGAAUAUCGGCGAGAUGCAGCGUGCACGAUCGGUUUUUGAACGUGCGCUGGAUGUGGAUCACAGAUCAAUCACCCUCUGGUUACAGUACGCUGAGAUGGAGAUGAGAAAUAAACAAGUGAACCAUGCACGAAACAUAUGGGAUCGUGCUGUCACAAUCUUACCACGAGCCACUCAAUUCUGGUUGAAAUAUUCGUAUAUGGAGGAACUGAUUGGGAAUAUACCUGGUGCAAGACAGGUAUUCGAGCGUUGGAUGGAAUGGGAACCACCAGAGCAAGCAUGGCAGACGUAUAUAAAUUUUGAGUUACGAUAUAAAGAAACUGAUCGUGCGAGGGCAGUUUGGCAGAAAUUUUUGCAUGUUCACGGUCAUGAGGUGAAGUUGUGGAUCAAAUACGCCAAGUUCGAGGAGAGGCAUGGUUAUUUCGAGAAUGCGAGAGCGGUUUAUGAGAGGGGAGUGGAGUAUUUCGGCGAGGAUAACAUGGACGAAUGGUUACUGAUCUCAUUUGCUCAAUUCGAAGAACGUCAAAAAGAGCACGAAAGGGCGAGAGUGAUCUAUCGAUAUGGAUUGGAUCAUCUGCCUGCCGAGAAAACGGCAGAAAUCUUUAAAUUCUAUACGAUUCACGAGAAGAAAUAUGGGGAGAGGACAGAUAUAGAGAAUGUGAUCGUGAGUAAACGCAGACAUCAGUACGAAAAGCAAAUCGCGGAAAACGCUUAUAACUUUGAUGCUUGGUUCGAUUACAUUCGUUUGUUGCAAACUGAAAAAACCGAUCGUGAAGAAAUGGAAGAUGUGUUCGAGAGAGCCAUUGCGAAUGUACCACCGCAAGCCGAAAAAAGAUAUUGGCGUCGUUACAUCUAUUUAUGGAUCAAUUAUGUGUUGUACGAAGAGUUGGAGAUGGAGGAUGAGGAAAGGACACGAUCCAUCUAUAAGACUUGUCUUCGGAUUAUACCUCACAGCAAAUUCACUUUCUCGAAGAUUUGGAUUAUGUUCGCGCAGUUUGAAAUUAGACAACUACAACUGCAGAGCGCACGCAAAAUUUUGGGCCAAGCGAUUGGGAUUUGUCCUCGCGAGAAAUUAUUCCGAUCGUAUAUCGAUAUGGAACUGCAGCUGAGGGAAUUUGAUCGUUGUCGCAUAUUAUAUGGCAAAUUUUUGGAAUAUUCGCCGGAGAAUACGAGUACAUGGAUUAAAUUCGCGGAAUUGGAGACGUUAUUGGGAGAUGUGGACCGAGCAAGGGCCAUUUUCGGAUUAGCAGUGCAGCAGUCAGCAUUGGAUAUGCCUGAGGUUCUCUGGAAGGCGUAUAUCGAUUUUGAAAUUAAUCAAGAGGAAUAUGACAGAGCACGACAGUUGUACGAAAAUUUGUUGGAGAGAACGACGCAUAUCAAGGUUUGGAUAAGUAUGGCAGAAUUUGAAUUGCACAGAGGUGACGUUGAUGCAGCUAGACGAAUUUAUGGACGGGCGAAUCAGGCGUUAAGGAACGGCGAGAAGGAAGAGAGAGUGAUGUUGUUGGAGGCUUGGAUGGCAUUCGAACAAGAGCAUGGUGAUGGAAAGAGCGCGGAAAAAGUAACGAAAUUAAUGCCGAAAAAGGUGAAGAAACGACGUCAAAUGCAGACCGAGGAUGGUGUGGAUGCCGGAUGGGAGGAGUAUUACGAUUACAUAUUUCCGGAUGAUCAGGGUGAGGCAUCGAAAGGAAGUUUCAAAUUGUUGGAAGCAGCGAGACGAUGGAAGGAAAAAAUGGCUGCGACAGAGGCGGUACCGUUGGAUAGAGAUGAAGCAGCACGAGGCGGUGGUUUGGGGUUGAGCUCGGAGGAGAGCACGAUCUCAGACCAGGUUAAUGUACCUGGAGGAAAGGGUAAAUUUGGGGCGGGGGAUGGAAAAAUUCGAGAGGGCGAUUCAGAUACGGAUUUGAGUAGCAGUACGAGUAGUAGUGAUACAUCAUCAGAUUCGUCUGGAAGUGACUCGGAUUCGGAUGAUUCAUCCGGAACAUCUUCCGACUUGGGUUCAGGUCAAAAGAAUGAAUCCAAAUCCAGCUCUGAACCUUCGGGAGGCAAAAAACGUUGA